CUGCGAACUUGCCCAACCAUUCCUCUUCGAAUGGCGCUCGACGGGCGCAUCGCUGGGCAUGGGAUAGGUGCCCUGAAAGAUGGAAAGCCGCCUGAUGAAACUGACAAUGCAAACUAUUUUUGUGAGUACGCGUUCCUCUACCACCAGAUGGACAUGCUUGAGGAUGAACAUCGGACUGGAGCCUAUUUCAAUGCCAUUACGUGGAACCCUGAAAGCUUCAAAGAUAAAGUCGUGCUGGAUGUUGGUGCUGGGACUUGCAUCCUGUCUAUGUUCGCCGCGAAGGCAGGGGCCAAGGAGGUCUUCGCAGUCGAGGCCACUGACAUGGCAGUUCGCAGCCGAAAACUUGUCCAAGCUCAAGGCCUAAGCCACAUAAUCAAGGUGCUGCAGGGAACAGUGGAAACAGUAACCUUGCCUUCGAUGGUUGAUGUCAUCAUCAGUGAAUGGAUGGGCUACUUCCUUUUGCGCGAAAGCAUGCUCGACAGUGUGUUGAUUGCUCGGGACCGCUUCCUGAAACCAGGAGGUGCUUUGUUCCCUUCGCACGCCACGCUGUUUUUGGCGCCGGUCGGGUCUGCAAAAGCAUGCCGGGAGAAGCAGCAGACCUUUGAUGGGGAAAGACAGCAUUUCGACAAUUUCAACUGCACAAUGAUGCAGUACUAUGGGACCGACUUCUCAUGCAUGCAAGAGGAGUUCCUUGAGGAACAGAGGAAGUAUUAUUUGCAAACAGGGAUGUUUGUCAAUCUAGCGCCAAAGCAAUUGGCUGGCAGUGGCAGCCCUGUGCUUGAGAUCGACCUCUCAACGAUCACCUUGCAGGAUUUGAAGGACUCAGCAAAGCCACUCAGAUGUUGCAUGAGGAUCAGCAGGGACAGCCAACUGGAGGGGUUCACAGGGUACUUCAACGUGACCUUCCGGGGAUCGACCCAAAAUCCAGUGAAAGAGGUCGUGGAGUUGACCACUGCACCAACCACCAAAACCGCCACACAUUGGGGGCAGCAGCUUUUUGGUUUCUUCCCACCGCUCCAAGCCAAGAAUGAAGAUGUCCUCGAGUGCCAGCUCUUUAUCAAGAGGCAAAAGAAGAACCACCGGCUUCUACAACUAGAUUCAGCUUUUGAGCUUUGUCGUGAGAGCAACGGCAAACGUUUCGUUUGUCAGAAGCGGGAGGCGGUCACCUCCCGAAUAUUCAGAGAUUAGCACUUUUUCCGUUUUGUGAAUCUUAUGAAUGGAGUCAAUGAGAUAUGUUGUGUCAUUUGAGCCUCCAUGCAUUGAGAGCUUGAAGUUCAAUGGUUGCCAACAAUCAUUUUCAGGACACGUGGUACGUGGACUGAUAGCUUAGCAAGUGUUGUUGCUGUGAAUCACGGCAAAAGAUGUCGCCGGGGUGGGAGUUUUUUUUGUUGCUUGUU